AUGGCCAAUAAUGAUCGUGAGCCAAAGGUAAGGAAGCGAGGACGACCAGUAAACAAGUUUUCAGUGAAGCUAUUUCUACUUGAUCCUGAUAACGAGAUCACAAAAGUUACAAAAGAAAUAUGUUCAAGAGAAGCAAUAAAUCAGUUAAUGCAGAAAGGAUGUGGACCUCCUCAACCAGGUAUAGUAAUGAAGUUUUAAAAAAGUGUUGAAGGAAUUUGUGGUGGAAAUUCUGAGUGUAAAUUCUAACCAACAGAGCUACAGAGGCCAGUUAUACUGUACACUAAGGUGGUGCCAUUGUAAGGUAUAUGCCCUACAUACUGUAUGUAUAAUAUAGUGAUAUAGAUAUUAGAACUUUGACAUUACAGAGUCCAGCGUGGCAAUACUAUUAGAGCGCUAACUACAGGUUCUUGUGGAAACCAUAUUUCAUUUCUAAAAAUAUUGGGGUGAGGAAUAGGAGGAGGGGGUGCCUAUACAUACAGUAGGCAUGAGAUGUACAUAUUACUCAUAUUCUGACUCAUUUUGAAUCUGCAAAGUUUGAAAGUCUAGCGAUGCCAGUGUAUGGUAAUGACUUAAGAAUAGUUUUUUUUACCACAGUUUGAUCUCUAAAUUGAUAUUUUAACAGAACAUUGUGCAAACCCCGAGAAAGACAAAGUGGAAUUUUCAAUGGAACUAACAAAUGAAGAGUUCAAACAAAAGUUAGUUGAAAUUUAUCCCAAGUUAGAAAAUGCUUGUUUUGUGUUUAUGAAAGCUGGCAAAGACAAUACAUUGGAGGAGCUGAACCCCGGUACAUGUUGCUACAGAUGUUACACCCCAGAAAAUGUUUACAACAGUGAACGAGGACAAGGCCGGCUUUAUAUACAAAAGAUUCCAGAGGAUAAGGUACUGUUGUCUGUAUAAGGCCCGGUUUAGACGGCGAACUUUUCAUGCGCCAAAUCUAAUUGUCGUAGAUACGGCAAAAUAUUGGAAACUGAUUUAGACGUUGAACUUAAUUGUGCCGUACCAAAUUGCGAGGACACUAUAUUGGACAUAUUUACAAUGCAAAUAUAUGAUAAUCAUAUUAUAAUGUGUUAAAAAUAUAAGUAUGCAUUAGGUUCGGCGCAUAAAUCAAUGUCGAACCUGUGUCACACAUACAACUUGUCUUGUCGCAUCUUCGAGUCGUGUCGAACUUAAUCAAAAUCUGCCGAACUUAAUUGAUUUAGACGCCGCUCCAGCGUCGCACUUAAUCCUUGCAUUAGAUUCGGCGCAUGAAAAGUUCGCCGUCUAAACCGGGCCUAAGAAGGGCUGUAUAUCACAGGAAAUAAAAAAGUCAUUAAUGGGUUUUGAAUGUUUUUUAAAGAUUUACCAUGCAGUAUAUACUGUCAAAAGUGAACUCUUACCAUUAUUGGUAGUUAUAGAUUCCCCAUAUGGCAAAUUGGCAAAAAAACAUUUUUAAUAUUUGCCAUUAAUGGUAUUUUCCUGGUAAAGAUAAAAACUAAUUUACCAAUGGGAAAUCUACGGUACACUAAUUUACCAAUGGGAAAUCCAAUAAUGGCAAGAGUUCAGUUUCAAGAAUCCAUUAAUUAAUGGAAAUUAGAUUUUUUUCCUGUGUAUGUGGAAACCUAGACCAAUGGAAGCCUGACACCGAUGUGCCCAUAUAACAGGACAACCCACCAAGUGAUACCUUGCCUUGCAAUUAGUUUCACUGUAGAAAUUAUCAUUCAUUGCAUUUAUAUGGGCAACCUGGCUGGCCUGAUUGCUCAUGUCUAUCUAACUUGCAAAUUUUGACGGUUUAAAGGCGCAUGCGCUUAUAUUGCAGUGCGCUUACUGUAUAUGCCGGGUAAUAGGGUAUGUUGAACUUACAAUAUUUCUCUGUUCUAGAUAUUGCCGUGCACCCAUGGAAUACCUCGCAUGAAAAGAUUGCGCAGUACGGUUGGUGGUAGCCAGCUAGUUUAUGUACCAAUCUUACCAAAACCUGUUCCAGCAGUCCCUGCAAGUAAUAAUGUUGGAGGUGAAUCUAGUAAAAAUGUGAUCACAUCUGUUGCCAUGCCAACCAAUUGUCAGUUACCAGCAUCAGAUAUGACUGGAAUUGAUUUGAGGCAGUUGUUGUAUAACACGCUAGAUUUGUCAUCAUCGUCAAUUGUUGUUGGUCAGACUAAAUCAACACCACCAGUUCAGAGUUCUGGUAAUAUGGUGGCACAAAGGCCAUUGUCAGCUGUUACUUUUGUAGAUGAAUCGAGACCACCAGUUAGCACUUCUGGGAAUUCAACUGCACAAUGUCCAUCACCAGCGAUAGCUACAGUUUCUGGGACCGAAACAAUACCACCUGUUCACAGUUCUGGUAAUAUGGUACCACAAGGUCAGUUACCAUUUUCUGCUGUUGUCCCCCAGACUGCAUCAACACCAUCUGUUCACAGUUCUGGUAAUAUGGUACCACCAAGUCAAUUGCCAUUGUCAACAAUUGUUCCCCAGACUGCAUUAACACCAUCACUGCAGAGUUCUGUCUGUGCGACAAGACAAAAUCAGUUACCAAUGUUAGCUACUGUUUCUCAGACUCCGUCAAGCCAACCAUUUCGUAGUUAUGUUAAUACGGUUCCACAAGGACAGUUAGUAGGGAAUACAAUAAUGUCACCAUUUCAAAUUGUUGGUAAUAUGAUCAGACAAGAUCAGUUACAAACAUUUGGGACUAUGACACGCCAAGACGAGAUUCCCAGAUCAGUGGAGGUUCCUGACGCAAAUAUGGAGCAACCUAUACUUGGCACUCGUUCACAAAUCACUUCGUGGAAUUUCCAACAAGGCGUCGGAGAAUUUCCAGCAAUUUUGGAAGUUCCGGGAGCUUCACAGGUUGCUGAUACCUAUAGACAUGUAAACACCAACACGUUGCAAGCAGCAGAUACUGGUUUCCAAAUGAUAAAUGGGGACAUCAGUGACUUCGACAAUCUCAACAUUGUGUCCAAUGCAAUAGUUACUCAACCACCCACCUCUUCUUCUGGUUUGGACGCAUCCAACAUGUUGACUCUCCUGGCAAAUGUAACCGAAGCAGAACGUGAACUACUUCUAGACAGUUUUGUAAAUAAUUCAAACGCACAGGUACAGUAUGCAAUUAUUUGUAUUUGCUGUCAUUUGUAGAAAAGGUAAGCAUAAUUUAUGCACGUAUAUUACAUUUAUAUGUACACAUUCACUGGUGUCCCUUUUUGCUUUGCUCUCCCCCACCCCCUACGCGUCUGGAUAAUUUGUUGAUCCAAAGUUUGGCAUGAUACUGCAACAGUUGCCGCACAAAGUUGUCUCAUGUUUUGCCUUGACUGUUGGUCAUGCAGGACGUUUUGUACGUUUUGCUUUAAUUCCCAAGGCCACGAGAGACUAACAACAUCAACCAAUCAGAACACACUUGACGUCUGACAAGUUUUGAAUUAAACCAAUCAUUCAAUCAGGAGACAGAAUCUGACCCUAGUUUAAACCGAUUGGCACGGUGCGAUCAAUCAAUGGGCCGCUUUCAAUCAGAAGUAUUUUCACUGAAAUGCAAUGAAAAUAAACCUCUGCAACCAGAGUAGUAGUAUAAGAAUGUGUUUCUCUGAGGAUGGUUCUGUAAUUAUGUAAGAAACAUUACAGGCUAACUUGGAAAGGUGUACCUGUAUGUUGUCUUACACAGUGUUUUACUGUGUUACAUGUACUAUCUUUCUUUGCAGGAAAACAUGGAUAUAUCAAAACCAGAAGAAU